GAAAGGUUGCCACUCUAUUUUUCCUUAACAAAGCCCGGGCCGCCGCUGCGGCAGGCACAGGAGCAGCAGUUGCUGCGUGCAUCGUUUUCGGAUGUGGCGUGCUUCCCGAUGAUGACGGGAGCAGCUGGUGGUGCUUGAGCUCCGGAUGCCUCGCCUAUUUGCUGACAAUGCUGUUUUGGCGGCCCCGGCAGUUAGUGUUUGUCGACCGUGUAUGCAUCUCUCAAGUGAAUCCUGAACUGCAAGCGCAGGGCACCUUGAGCUUGGGGGCCAUACUUAAGUGCUCCGAUACCAUGCUGGUGCUUUGGGAUCCAACUUGGGCUCGUCGACUUUGGUGUGUGUACGAGCUGGCCGCCUUCAUUCGCAGCAGGUCCCCAGGCGAGAAGCCGCGCGUCAUCAUCCGACCGACUUUCCUGGGAUUCAACAUGUUUGCAUGCUGGUUUGCAUGCGCACUUGGAGGUUUCGCCUUCCACUUCGCUAACAGCGCCAACGGGGGGCUUGCUCUUUGUGGGGUAAUUUUCUGGUACAUUGCACACCUCGUCCGUGAGUACUGCCGUGAUGUGACGACAAUGUGCCAGCACAUCGCACACUUCAGUUUUGCAACAGCUGAAAGCUUUUGCUGCUCUGUAGAGCACAAACACCCCCAUAGCAAAGAACCUCUGAUGUGCGACCGAGAGGUGAUGCAGAGAUGCAUCAACAUUUGGUUUGGUGGCAUCGAAUCUUUUGAACAGCGAGUCCAAGGCGAUUUAUACAAUUUGCUGGUGGAUCAGCUUUCGAAUCACAUGGUGUCAUACUGGCGUUUGGCGGAGGCCUCUCCGGUAUUCUUUUGGUUUCAUCUUGACAAUGCGGCACGCGAGCUCCUGCAUUUUAUUCAUGCGGCAGAGGGUGGUGAAGCUCACUAUUUGACCAUUGGAAGCAUGCAGAUUCUCUUGGGCCUGUCUUACUGGCUCGGAGUGGUUCCCAUCCUCUUCCGCGUGAUGUUUCGCCUGGCAUGGGCCAUGCAGACAAAGUGUGCCUGUCGAUUACUGGAUUAUACUAAGUCCUUGCUCCUUCUACUGCCAGGGAUCUUCAUCUUCGGCGCCUUCCUCUAUCUCCAUGCAUUCCUUUCCCGUCACUUUCCACAUGAUUUGGGUUCCCUUGGUGUCGCACUGAUAACGAUUCCUCUCGCAGCGCUGGUCUGGCGAAACCUGCCGGUACCUGUGCCACGCCACAACGUGAGAUUGCCGCGAGAGCCCGGAGCCCACUCUGGAAAACUUGGCGCCAGCAGUCAGGCUUCCCAAGUGCGGGAGUGGACGGAGGUCGUAGGUUCAAAGCUGCGCCACAGACUUCACGAUUUCACUGAUUCGCACAUGCGUCAGCAGCUGGUUUCCAUGCCGCCGACUGUGACCGUACUGGGACAUCCCGAAAUCCUCGACAGUGACCUCGACGUCGAUGUGUCGGUACCUUCGGAACGGCCCAGCUCUUCCUCAGACAAGGAAGCUGGGGAAUGUCUGGCCCAGACAAAGUCCAGCUCUUCCUCAGACGAGGAAGCGGCCCAGGCAGAGUCGAUAGCCGAAUUUGCCGCUGACAUCAUCUCCAAGCUGGAGCCGGUUCGGCCCGAUGUCGUCCGGGCCACUCGUGUCCAGAAUGUACUUCACCGGCUGGGCAGGAGAGCUCCUGGCGAUUUCUAUCAUCUGAGCCAGACCACAACUCGUUUGCAUGCAUUCUGGUCCCACAGCUGGCAUGGUUCCGUUUCAGGAAAGGUUGCCACUUUGUUCUUCCUUACCAAAGCCGGGGCCGCCACCGCGGCAGGCACAGGAGUAGCAGUUGCUGCGUGCAUCGCUCUCGGAUUUGGCGUGCUUCCCGAUGAUGACGGGAGCAGCUGGUGGUGCUUGAGCUCCGGAUGCCUCGCCUAUUUGCUGACAAUGCUGCUUUGGCGGCCCCGGCAGUUAGUGUUUGUCGACCGUGUAUGCAUCUCUCAAGUGAAUCCCGAACUCCAAGCGCAGGGCACCUUGAGCUUGGGGGCCAUACUUAAAUGCUCCGAUACCAUGCUGGUGCUUUGGGAUCCAACUUGGGCUCUUCGACUUUGGUGCGUGUACGAGCUAGCCGCCUUCAUUCGCAGCAGGUCCCCAGGCGAGAAGCCGCGCGUCAUCAUCCGACCGACCCUCCUGGGAUUCACCAUGUUUGCAUGCUGGUUUGCAUGCGCACUUGGAGGUUUCGCCUUCCACUUCAUUGGCAACACCAUUGGACAUGACACCAUUGGAAUGGAUGCUGCUCUCUUCUUGGGGCUUGCUCUUUGUGGGGUAAUUUUCUGGUACAUUGCGCACCUCGUCCGUGAGUACUGCCGUGAUGUGAAGACAAUGUGCCAGCACAUCGCACACUUCAGUUUUGCAACAGCUGAAAGCUUUUGCUGCUCUGUAGAGCACAAACACCCCCAUAGCAAAGAACCUCUGAUGUGCGACCGAGAGGUGAUGCAGAGAUGCAUCAACAUUUGGUUUGGUGGCAUCGAAGCUUUCGAACAACAAGUCCAAAGCGAUUUAUACAAGUUGCUGGUGGAUCAGCUCUCCAAUCACAUGGUUUCAUACUGGCGUUUAGCCGAGGCCUCUCCGGUAUUCUUUUGGUUUCAUCUUGACGUUGCGGCACGCCAGCUCUGGCAUUUUGUUCAUGUGGCAGAGGGUGGUGAAGCUCAUAAUUUGGUAAUUGGAAUCAUGCAGCUUCUCUUGGGCCUGUCUUACUGGCUCGGAGUGGUUCCCAUCCUCUUCCGCGUGAUGUUUCGCCUGGCAUGGGCCAUGCAGACAAAGUGUGCCUGUCGAUUACUGGAUUAUACUAAGUCCUUGCUCCUUCUACUGCCAGGGAUCUUCAUCUUCGGCGCCUUCAUCUAUCUCAAUGGAUUCUUUGCCUGGCUCCUUCUUGAUUUGGCUCCCCUUGGUUUCACACUGAUAACGAUUCCUCUCGCAGCGUUGGUCUGGCGAAACCUGCCAGUACCUGUGCCACGCCAUAACGUGAGAUUGCCGCGAGAGCCGGAGGCCAGCAGUCAGGCUUCACAAAUGCGGGAGAAGACGGAGGAACCGAACCCCUCAAACCCCACCCCCCCCCCCCAUAUCCUAGACUUUGUGGAAUAG